UUAUCUGCAGUGCUUCUUGGGAGCUGCUGGUAUGACAACCACUGUAAACAUCGCUGGAGCGCCUAGUUUGUCUGCGGUUUUACGAUGUUCACCGAGAAGGAUUAUUUUGCCAAAGUAGGACAACUUCAACAGCUUCUAUGUGAAAGUGAAAAGAAAAGAUUGGAUCUGGAAAGGCAGUUGUUUUCACAAAACCGAUCCGACCAGCGUAUUUUUCAGAUGAAACGCAACAGACUGCAAGCCUAUUUAAAGGAAGUACACGAUAGAGAAAAACAUGCCACAGUUAGAAACCAAACAUUUCUGAAUGAAGUUAAUAAGAUUGAAGCACAUCUCCAGAUGAUGGCCAGUAGUAUUGAGAAUCUUCAUCAAAAGAAGGUCAAGCAGUUUCCAGGAGCCUCUGCUACUGAUGUCACUACAGAUUUCACUGAGGGGCUUUACCAGCCUGCAGUUAUCUUUAUGGGUCGCCAAACAUCAACUCUUUCAGAUUCUCCAAUCAAACUGCCAACAGAAAAUUUUACUAGACAUAUUUCUCUGUUACAUGAACGGGAGAAGGUGGAUAGCUGCCACACUUCAACAGUGGUUUCAAAAACAAAGCACGUAAUGCCUUUAUUCAGUAAUGUUCACAAUGUGGAGGUUAAUUCAAUUGACAGCUCUUCUUUAGGACCUGCAACCAAUAUACAAUCUUUUAGAUCUGAAACAAACCAUGUUUCUACUAAGCAAAAAGUCAUUGUGGAAGAAGAAUCUGGUUCUCCUGAACACAGGGAUGACCUAUUGUCACCAGAGCAAAAUCCAACAGUCCAUUAUGAAAAUUACAUCGUAAAUAAUAAAAUUUCAAUGGAAAAAAAACAAAUGCAGAGUCAAUCUACAAAGAGAGAAAUCCCUAAUACAUUUCAGUCAGCCCCUGUUUCAAGUAAUCAUUCCAAAAGUGAUUUAGGACAUGAACAUAAGAGCAGUCCAAAAAUGCAUUCAAAGCCUGACAUUCCCGAACAGCAAAAGGACGAAGACUCUGAAAGUGAUCUUACUGUUUCAGUGAGUGAGGAUGAUGAUGAUGAAGAUGAUUAUGAAGAUGAAACUGUAGUUAGAAAUGUUACAAUAGUGAAGUCUGGCCUUUCAAAACAUAAUAAUUUUUACACUAUGGAAGAUUCGUUGACACAAGAGUGGAAACCUACCAGCAAUGUUGAAAAUGAAAAUGGUAUAUCUUCACAUCAAAAAGGUCUGUGCCUUUCAAAGGAGUCAUUUUUGCAUUUAUUGGCAAGUAUUGAAGGACGAAUAAUUUCACUAGAACAACAACAUGCAGAGUUGUAUCGAUUGUCAACUAUCAGCAACACACAGCUAACUAAAAUAAUAAGCCUUUGUAAUCAGAAGGAGAGCCUGAAUGAAGAGAACCUUGAAGCAUGUGGAGCAGUCGUCCUCCAUCAGCUUCAGAAACUGUCACAAGAUACUUUAAAAGGGAGUUUGUUAAACGAAGAGAUACUUACUAACAACUGGACUUGCAUGGAUGAAAACACAGUCAGAUCCUCCAUGCCUUCAGAUUCAGCAGAGUUGUGGGAUAUUUUGUACAGACAUGCUUUUAUGCUGAAAGUGCACAGUGUGUUAACUGGGCAUGAGAUAGCAGAAAUAUUUGCACCAUUAAUAACUCCCAGAAACUCCGCAAAUAUUAAUGAGGCUAAAGAAUUGCUAAAGAUGCUUUUUCUAGAAGUGGGUGAAAGAAGCCUUUCUGUUGCAAGCAGUGAAUCAUCCUGUAGUUUGCCAUCAGUGCUCAAUGACAGUGGUGAAAUAAAACAAGCAAAACCUGCUCAAUGGCUCUACAGUACAGUCAUUGGGAAACAAGGGCAGCAAAAUGAUUAUGAAGAAAGCAAGGAUGAACUCUUCAUUGAAAGUGUCCCUAUUAGAGAGACAAAGGCUUAUCAGAUGCUCAAACAAUCAGCAGUGCAGCAGACACAAGACUCUCAAGAUGAAGUUGAUAAGUCUGGGAUUGAGCAUGGAGAAAAAUGUGGAGAGAUACAUUCUGAAAAGGGUGUGGCUGUUUGUUACCAAAGUCUUCAAGAAGGGAAUAAACCUGUAAAACAAGUGCCUACUCUAAAAUCAAAAGCCUUCUGGGGUGAAUCAGAUGACAGCAGCUCUGAUAUUGAAGCCGCUUUACGCCCUCAAACUCUAAGCACAUAUAAUGAUGACUUUGAUGAUUUUUAUGAUUAGAAGAGUAGCGAGAUUGGAAAAAAUAUGUUGAAAUUGUUACCCUAGCUAACAUGUUAACUUAUUGUGACAGGAUGGAAAAAUAUUGUGCUGUAUCUAGUUAUUCUUUCAAAAUUAUGUUUUAAAUAAUAUACCUUUUCUUCAAAAUCCUAAAUAGAGCUCAUUUAAUUAUGUUUUUCAUUUUCCAUGUAUUAAAUUGUUGUUGUAUGUAAUGUAUUAGUAAUAAACUUUAAUUUACUGGA